GACUAGGGAUUGUGCUAGUCGUUUAACCGGAGCUGAAACAAAUCGAGGAUGAUAUCUUUUCCUUGGUUAUAAACUUGCAAAGCACUCCACAGGUUGUGGCCUUUGGCAGGAUGUCAGGAUGGCAAGUGGCCCUGGCUUGCCUGACAGCCUGGUGCUGGAAAUCUUCUUGCAUCUCCCUCAUAAGGCAGUGCUGAGCGCAGGGUUCACCUGCCGUCAGUGGUUUGCUGUGUCACGGGAUGAGUUCCUCUGGAAGGAGCUCUUCUACAACUACUACUGCAUCCCGCGUUCUGUGCCUCGCCACCCUGCGGCUGGGUCAUGGUACAGGGAGUUCAGGCGGUUGUAUGACUGCAUUCCCUGUGUGGAGGUUCAGAUUCUGAAGGAACAUCAUGAUCAGGUCUUGCAUUUGGCCUUCUCUCACCGUGGACAUCGCUUCUCUUCCUGCUCCAAAGACUGUACUGUUAAACUUUGGGACACGGAGCGAUCAGAUGGCACCAUCUCUUUGGUUCACAGCUCCAGCAUGCGACAGUUUAACUGGGGCUACACUCAGUUCUCACAAUUUAAUGCUGAUGACACACUCCUGCUGGUGUCAGGGGUCUACCUGGGCCCACAUCAUUCCUCCUCUGGAGAGAUUGCAGUCAUCAGUUUGGAGAACUACACUCUGCUCUCCCGUGUGAGAAAUAAGCCAUAUGAUGUGUUCGGCUGCUGGCUGAAUGAGACUCACCUCAUCUCUGGUAACCUGCACUGGAUUGGCAACAUGACCUCCUGUUCUGUUCUCUGGCUCAACAAAGCCUUCCAGGACAUUGAGUCCGAAAACGUGAAUGUUGUGAAACGUCUCUUUAAGAUCCAGAACAUCAAUGCCAGCACUAUCCGCACAGUGAUGGUGGCCCACUGCCGUCGACAUGACUCUCCUGACCUCCUUCUUGACUAUGAAGCUCAGUCACAGGCCCAAGCUCAAGCCCAGCGGACACAGCAGCACCAGCCUCUCUUCUUUGAUCUGGGAAACACAGACAGUGAAGAGGAGGAGGAUGAAGAUGAAGAGGAUGAGGAGAAUGUGGAGCGAGGGGAAAAAAAAGUGUCAGCACAUUUACCCUCAUUUAACCCAUCUGGGAUUCAGCACGUUAUACACGGUCGUCAGAGCAUAGCUGUUCGUGAUCGAGAGUUGGAGACAAAGGUGGCCAGGUUGAUGGGGAGCAGACGCACCAAAGCUCCUGAUCCAAACCUGGUGUCUCCCUCAGCUCCUGAAGAAGGAGAGGACAAGACCUACCUCCUCUUCACCACCGGCAGCCUUACCUACUCGCCUCACCAAAUAGGAAUCAAGCGAAUAAUGCCUGAUCAAAUGACAACGUGCGGUCCUGUGUUGGGAGAGGAGCGCAGUACAGAUGAAUUCUUUGACUCGCUGGAUCAUGUGAUUGACAUACAUGGCCACAUCAUUGGCAUGGGUCUGUCACCUGACCAUAGGUACUUGUACGUGAACAGUCGAGCGUGGCCGACAGGGUGUGUGAUCUCUGACCCCAUGUCCCCUCCGCCUAUCGCAGAGGAAAUCGACCUGCAUGUGAUUGAUCUGAAGAGUCUUAGAGAGGAGCGCCGAAGCCUUCGAGCCCACCGGGCCUUCACACCAAACGAUGAGUGCUUCUUUAUCUUCCUUGAUGUCAGCCGAGACUUUGUUGCAAGUGGUGCAGAGGACAAGCACGGUUACAUCUGGGACCGGCACUACAACAUCUGCCUGGCGCGCCUGAAACAUGAUGACGUGGUCAACUCUGUGGCCUUCAGCCCAGCAGACCAGGAGCUGCUGCUGUCUGCCAGCGACGACUCCACCAUUAAAGUGUGGCGCUCGCCACGCAUGGUGCGUCUCGCUGAGGCACCCCAGCGGCCCCCUCGGGCUCGCAAACUGCUCUCCUCCUUGCUUGGCCACAGAAGUGCUAAUCUGAAUGGUAAACCCUGACCUAGACCCUGGCGGGCGUAACGCAAGAGAGAAGCACCACGGAAAGACACUCCAUGAGCAGAGGGACACGUGUGAGGUCAAGAAACUGAGGAUUCCACAUGGGUCUUUAUCUCUUAGUGGCCCUUUUGCAGGAUGUACCGUGAAGAUGAAAAGCAAUCUUUGAAUAAAGAAACAACUAAAGAAAAUGGGCUCCUUGGUAUGCUGUAUUUGUAAAAGAUCACUGAUGCACAUGAAAAUAUGGAAGACUGACAUCAACAGGUUAUGUGACUUCAAGAGCAAGAACCAAGAAUUUGAAGAAAGAUGAUAAGGUCACAUUCACAUAUAUGUGUGACACGUGUGUGGUUUGAAAGUUAAUUUAACCCUGUCAUAAUGAAUGAAGCGCCACCUGUGCAUGUCUGCACGUUUGUACUUUAUGUAAUUUUUUUGUUGUUGGCACCUUUUUUAGUAGAUGUUAAACAAGCAACCUGAUGAUCAGAACAAGGACAUGGCUGAGUGUUUGAAGUGCUAACAAAAUCUAAAUUUUGCUACAGAUUUACAACACUGUUGUGUCACUGGUGUUUUUUCUCUGUUCCAGUUUUAUGUAGAGGAGCAGUUUGAUUUAACAUCAUUACAGAAUGACAAUGCAGAUGUUUACUCCUGAGCUACCCCAUCUAUGAUUUUAUCAUUGAAAUCUAUUGAUCAUACUAUAUUGAAAAUGUAAAAGUUCCAAAGAAACUCCAAGUCUUCAUGUUGAACUUUUAGUUGUUGGCUUUAUACAAUCAUUUGAUUUUAACAAUGCACGAGUGCUGCACCUCUGUUAUGGUGGAAUAUUUAUUUUAUAUGUACAUCUAGUAUGACAUUUCAUGAGAAUUAAUGUAGGUUGGCUUAUGAAAACUACCAAAAUCUGAAGAAAAAAAAGGUCCAACACCAACCAUUACAUUUUCCAUUACAUGUUUGUGUAGGUGGGCUUUAUGACUUUACAGCAUUAAGAUACUAUGCAGCAUCAGGGUGCUUUGCUACUUCAUAUCCAUAAGCAUGUUUCCGUCACCUCCAGCAAUACACCUUCCUGUGUCAUAAGCUCACAUUGUUUAGCAGCAUUAAAUAUUCAGCAAUGGUGCUCAUUUGUUAUGAUCUCAGACAUCACGAAAAAGUGACAAAAUGCUCCCCCCAUGCCGCACAUAUAUGAUUUACAUAUGUGAAAUUCGGCUGUAAUGUUACUCACGCAAAUUACUUUUUGUUGAUUUCAUUUUGGCUCCUUAAGAUUUUAUUUAUGCACAUAAAGCAAUUUAAGUUUGAUCUCCUUUAGUUGGGGUUUGGAUCAUGACGAGCAGCAUUCGUCUCUGUAGAUGCGAGAACAUCAGUUGUUGGUUUUUUUUUUAACUUUUGGACCUGAUUCCCUUUGUGACAUUUGUUUGAGCUUGUGCAUCUGAUUUUCCCAACUGCCCUUCAGCUAUUUGUCAUUAGUAGAUUUUGUAUUGUGGAAUGUGUAAAAAUUUGUUUGACCCAUUAAACUAUUUUUCUUUUA